CCUACCCUUUCCAUAAAUAGAAACAGCCCGCUCACACUCAUGCCCACAAGGCCACAAUCACCCCCUACCCCUCAUCUCCUCUCAAUCAUGAAUCACUCAACUUACCAUAAUCAGAAACCCAACCCAAAUAAACCCAAUAAACACACCACCAAAAGACUCACCGAGGAUCAAGUGAGAUUACUUGAAUCAUAUUUCGACUCAAGCAAAAAGCUGGAGCCGGAUCGAAAACAUCAGCUUUCGCGCCAGCUUGGAAUUCCUCCAAGACAAAUAGCCAUCUGGUACCAAAACAAACGGGCUCGUUGGAAGAACCAGAGUCUGGAGCAUGACUACACCAUGCUCCAGCUUCAACUGGAGGCCUCGGUGCUCGAGACAAAACACCUCCAAAAAGAAGUCGAUUAUUUGCGAACAGAGCUCAACAAGGUACAAUCAGAACAAGCACGACACAACAGAUACUACAACAAUGAUUAUCAACCUCUCAUGGAUUCUUCAUUCUCUAGAUGUGGUGAUGAUGUUGGAAGCUCUUCCAAAAGCUUAGAAGAUGAUACGGAACAUUUAUGUGGUUUCGGGAAACAAGUUUUCGAUGCUGCAGAGAUGUACACCGCAGCACGUAUGAUGGGCAUGGAUAUCUUACAUUUUUAGGUUGAGAAAUAAUGUAUUUUAUUUUAGUAAUAUUUCAUGGUUUACCAGGCAGGUUUUCGACUAUAAUCAUCUUAAUCUUGUGUGCAGAUAUUGUAUUAUAUAUAUAUAAAAAAAUCCUAUAACAUUCAUGUA